AUGGCGGCCCUGAAGGCGCUGGAGAUCGACGAGGCCGAGCUCCGGGGCCGCGGGUUCCUCCACGUCUUCAGGGGCCACGCGGCGAUGGACGGCGCGACGGGGCGGAUCGCGCGGAAGAUGCCGCUCCCCGGCGGGCGCACGGGCCUCAUCGGCACGCGCGACGACGUCGUCCUCGCCUUCGAGCACUACCUCAAGGGCCGCAAGGACUGCGACGUGACGCUCAAGCACGAGACGACCGUCGUCGAAUUCGACACGGACCGCCAGACCGUGACCUGCAGCGACGGCUACUCCAUCCCCUACGACCUGCUCGUGGGCGCCGACGGCAAGAACUCGCCGACGCGGGCCUUCUUCGCGGAGCGCGACACGCGGCUCCUCGUGACGCCGCGGAAGGGCCGCGUCGGCGAGGUGCGCUACAAGACGUUCAACCUGGACGUCGCGGAGAAGCUGGACGUGCUCGAGGAGGGCUGGCUCUACGGCGUCGGCGGCCCGCCGCCGGACAACCCCGUCGUGUCGCGGACGCCGCUCUUCGACGCGGACCUCCGGAAGGUGGGCCGCGGCGUCGGCAUCGUCCCCGUCAACGACGCGCCGUCGGACGCGCUCUCGAGCGCCUUCGCGCUCUGCAAGUCCGAGAGCGACCGGUCCCUGCUCCACAGCAAGCUGCCCAAGAAGCUGUUAGCGGCGAGCACGGAGGCGGAGCGGCAGAGCUUCGAGACGCGGUGCCUCAGCGACGCGUCCGGCGGCUUCGUCGCCUCCAAGCUCUACAGCGGCCACUGCGCCUUCGUCGGCGACGCCGCCGUGUCGCCCGCGCCCGCGGGCCAGGGCGUGAACCACGCUUUGGACGCCGCCGCGAGCCUCGUGACCCACAGGGCAGGAAAAGGGCUCAUAUCUCGGCCGUUUUCCACUCGUUUCGGCUGA